AUGACUUUUAGAAUGUCUGGAAGCGAGUCAGGUACUCAACAUACUAUAGUUCAGUUAAGAAGGCUACCGGAUCUGACGGAAAUUAGUCACUUGGAGAUAGAUGCCCCCGUAGUGGAAAUCUUGAAAAAAACAGUGCUGUUUCAAUUGAACUCGUUGAAUAUCUGCAUUUCAAACUUUGCAUUGGAUGAGCUGGUCAAUCUCGUGGCUGUUCAGAUGGACGGGAUGUUUCGCAACCUGCACAAUCUGACACUUUUACAAAGAAGGUCGGAAGCUUCUCAAGCGGAUUUGAAGUUAUUGUUUAGAGAGUUCAAUGUGGAUGCGGCCUCCCUUUACCAGCAAUUUCAGGUCUCCGAAUUUAUUAAAUCGAACCAUGCUGUGGAAUACGGGAAAUUGGUGAGGUUGUCAUCUUUCCCUGCUCUUGCGCAUAACGAAGAGGAUGAAGAGGAUGAAUUAAGUAAUAUCGAAGAGCAGCAGAGCGAGAUCAACGUUUUGUUGCCUCCUUCCAACCCAUUGGAAAAGCUGAUACCGAGUUGGCUACCAAACUUCCCGCCAGACCACACCUAUAAGUUUACACCUGAGUUCAAUCAUCCAAUUACUGAUUUAAAAACUAUCAAGAAAGAAAUAGUAAAAGAAAGUGAAGAGUCUGAAAAGGCACUGUUAAAUCUAAACAAACGUCUUUCCCACCUCUCAUCGGCGUCUCACACCUCACCACCGCCUGUUCUGGACGAUGCGGAUGCCACUGAGCAACAGUUGGAGAUAUGGGGUAACGCACUUCAAGAAAGGAAACCAACCAUAACUGCAACGUCCUUGAAUGAAAGCAACAUCGAGCAGUAUGCGAAGUAUAGAGUCGAAUUAGCGAGAGAACGGGUUGCGAAGUUUGAACUCAACCAGUUGAAAAGAACAAAAAACCCAUUUUUAAAACUUUCAGAGACUCUCUACUUUUCAGAGGGCCCUCAUCAAUCUCACAAAACCAUACAAAGUGCCAUAGAUUUGCAGUUUCGCAAGUCAAUGACAUUAUUCAUGCACAAUUUACCAAAAGUCCAGAAGUUGAAGAAGGAAAGAAUACGAAUGGCCAAAGAAGAAAGAGCGAAAUCGCUCAGGCGUCGACAAGAAGAGCUUAUUUCAGAGCGAAAGAAGAGGGAACAAGACGAAGGCCAUGAUCUGGAGCUCUUGCUAAACAAUGAACAUGCAAGGGAGGCUACUGAUAACAACACGACCCCCAAUGUAGCAAACAACUCUACCAUAAUUAUAAACGCAAACGCAAACGAUGAGGAUGACGAUAUGAAUCUAUUCGGCAUACUGGGAAGUAGUGAGGAUGAGAAUGAAAUCUCGAGCAUGCCGGUGGAGAAUCUCGCUGGGGAAUCAGAACCCCCCACAAUGAUAAUGCAAGAUACCGUAAACUCUACUCUAGCGGCACAUAACACAACCAAUGUUGACGCUACAGCAAACCGCUCCACCCAUUCGACCCUCAGCGAGAACACCCCAACGUCUCCUCCUACAGCCAUGGCCACAGAUAACGAUAUAACUAUGUAA